AGGCGGAGACUCAGUCCGGCUGGAGUCCAGAGAGGUCAGUGCAGCACCAGGCCUUGAAAUCUCCCAUUCCCCAUCGGGCGGAGCAAACCUGGAAGUGGCCUCGCUGUUUUGCAUAGCAGUGACCAGCUUUGCAUAAUCAGGGAAGGCCAGCAUUUAAAGGAGACGCUACUGCCACAGACCUAGUAGACCGGCGCAGACCCACUGUUUGCGAUGAUGCUGAAGAUGCAGGCUCCUCUUCUGAUGGCCUUGGGCCUGCUUCUCGCCGGCCCUGCGGCCCAUGCACACGUCUCCGCCCGCGCCCCGCCACCCCAGGUAAUUAGCUUUUUCUGGGAGAACUGCCAUGAAAAGAAGGACCUUGUGCUGCUCAAAGGCAUGACUCUGGAACCUGACCCCAUUGAGUAUCCUGGGAAUGUGACUAUCAGCGCGGAGCUCCAUGUCCCUGUCCCCCUCAGCAGUCCUCAGAAGGUGGAAUUAAUCAUAGAGAAGAAAGUGGCCAAUUUCUGGAUCAAAGUUCCAUGUAUGAGCCAUGUUCGUUGCAUCUUUGAAGAUAUCUGCCAAUUAUUAGACUUUAUCAUCCCCCCUGGACAGCCCUGCCCAGAGCCCCUACAUACUUAUGGGCUUCCCUGCCACUGUCCCCUCAAAGCAGGCACCUACUCAAUGCCCAAGACUCAGUUCACCCUGCCCAACACGGACCUGCCCGGCUUGAUCACCUCCGGGGCCUACCGCAUCUGGAUCUUCCUCAGCAGCCGUGGGAAACGUCUGGGCUGUUUCAGGAUCUUUGCUGCUCUGAAGGGCGAGUAAAGUGGCACCAGCCGCAGCAGAAUGAAAGGGGUCAAAUCCAUAGUCUCUGACACAUGGAGCAGGCUCUUCCAGGGCUUGGGGAUGGGGAGGCAGCCUCUCAGGAUGGGAGCUGCAAGAAUCACAAGGCCGCAUGCCCCAGCCUAGGAGUGCUGUCAGGGUGAAUGGGGAAAACCCUGAAGAUUUGGAACACACCAGCAGCUGCUCUGUGGAGCAAGGAUCCCAUGAAGAGGGGUGGAUCGCAUGAGGGGAUCCCAUGAAGAGGCCAUUGUCCCAUCCUCCACGCAGCCUACUGACCUAUGGAUCGACCCCAGCUUCUGGGCUCAUUUGAAGCCUGGAAUGGCAAUAAAGCUUUUUAACUUGCUGAGAA